UCUUUAAUUUUGAUUUUGAUUCUAUUAAUUGUAUCAUUUUUGAUACUCUAUCAUUUAUAAGAAAAUUUCGUGUUAAAACAUUAUAUUAAUGUCUUUUCAUUAUCCGCGUAGAGUGAAAGAUUUGCCUGCCUUGGAACCAGACUCUGAUGAAGACGAUCUCAAUAAACAGCCGAGCAAAGAUGAGCUCCAAAAUGUUACCUCUCGAAAUAAUUCAGGUGUUGUUGGUGCUCCUUCAAAGAGCUUUGGGGCUUUCAGUAAUAUGCGAAUGUUCCCCAAGCGCAGCUCGGAAUUACCAACACUGGAUUCAGAUGAAUCCGAAGAAGAGGAGAACCCAAAAACUGACAAUCUCAAUUGCGCUAUUUUAAACGAUUCAUUUAUCAUGAGCCCUGCCGACAGUUCUGUACUGAAAACACCUGGCCCACAAUCAGCAGUUAAGGAAAAGCGUGAUGUCGAUAGUCCAUCAUUCCUUUCGGAAUUUCAUAAGUUGGAUAUUCGUACAGAGGACAAAGAAAAUGAAGAAGAGCCACCGCUGCCAUCGGUUGGCAGUUUACAACCAAAUGCCGCCAGUACAGCCAGAAAAACACAUCCAAGUCGAACAGAUACAUCGUGUCCACUGCAAAGCAUACAAGAGGACAUAGUGGCUAACGAAAACACUGGCAAGGAAGUUAACCGUGCCAAUGUUGGUAGCAGAGCAUUGGGUGUAUUGCAGCGUUUUCACUCGGAUCCCACAACGCAGCAGCACGCAAAGCCCGUAGAUUUAGAAACUCCCCUUCGAAAAAAUAACAGUGCAUCAGUUGGUCCGCCAUCUGACGUUUCCAUAGCACCCACAAAUAGCCAAACUGCUGACGCACAAUUCGCCACCCCACAAGUACGCUCUUUCUCUGUUCAACGGAGACCUCGUGGCUUGUGUUCAACCCAAUCGCAAAAAACGCGUUCAGCGCUAGCAAAUGAAUUCCGCUCUCAGAAGGUGCUGUUUCAAACGCCAAUGGCUAUAACGCGCGCACCCGUUAUGUGCCUUCCCAAUGAUAGUAUUACGCUAUCACUUUGUGAUAGCAUAAACGGAACGAGAAACACACCUAAUACUGCUGAAAAUACGCCACUCGGUGACCAGCGAAAUGUCAAAGACCAACAGUCACAAAAGGUGAAGUCAAAAAAGUCAUUAGAGAGUGCAUUCUGUGCAUCAGAAAAGCCUGAAGAAUCAAAGGAAAAGCAGCAAUCGAACAUGAUAACGCAAGAAAAGAGCGCUUCAGCAGAUGAAAAAGAUGGAAUUUUGCGAAUUAAUAAUGCAGAUUACACAAUUGUGAAGAAAAUUGGAUGUGGCGGCUCUAGUUCUGUAUACUUGGCGCAGAGAAAUGCUGAUGGAAAAGAGUGCGCAUUAAAAGUCGUUGAUUUACGGGGUGAUCCAGUUGUGGUUGAAGGCUACCUCAACGAAACCAAAUUGUUGGCAAAACUUCAAGGCAAUGUCUGUGUGGUGGCUCUCUAUGAGUAUCAACUUUUGCGGAAAGAAUCUCGACUCUAUUUGGUUAUGGAAAAAGGCGACUCAGAUCUGCACAAGAUUUUGCAAACAUAUACCACAAACCUGCCAUUAUACGUACUUAUGAAUUUUUGGUAUCAAAUGUUGCAAGCAGUCAACUACAUACACCAAAAUGGUGUUAUUCAUUCAGACCUGAAACCCGCCAACUUCUUGAUGAUUAAUGGUCGUUUAAAACUAAUAGACUUUGGUAUUGCCAGCAACAUUGCACUGGACUCAACAAGUAUUAUAAAGUUCUCACAAGCCGGUACGUUUAAUUACAUUAGCCCGGAAGCACUUACCGACACAUCAACUGGAUCUAGUCCGAUGCGCAGUAAUCAGCCAAAGAUAAAGAUAUCAACCAAAUCUGAUGUUUGGUCGCUUGGCUGUAUACUAUUCCUGCUACUUUAUAAACGCACACCUUUCUCGCAUAUUAAAAACAUCUAUGCCAAAAUUAAUGCAAUUACAAGUCCGACGACAACCAUCGAGUAUCCAACCAUACCACUCUAUUAUCCAGCAAUGCUUGUCCAUAUGGCAAAAAAUUGCCUGCAGCAUAAUCCAAAAAAACGUCCCUCUUGCGCUGAACUAUUGCAGUAUCCUUUUAAUAUGGUAAUACCGAUACAAAAUUUAGCGGUACCAUCUGUGGUUAAAGAGGCAAACUAAACCACUCUCUAUAAAUAGUUGUAAUGUUUAAUUGUAUUAAAUUAUGUUUUUAGUUUGUUUUAAUCGUUUAUUAUUAAGGCUACAAACAUAUUGAAGCGCGCAUAAUUUCUACAUAUACAUUUUUUUAUUAAUAUAAGUGCACGGAGAAAAAUCAAUAUAUUUUUAAAUAUAAAAAGGCUUUGUUUAAAUUUUUAAAUUGGAAAAGUAUUACUGCGAGAAAAUAUAAAUAAUCGUCAAAUUAAUAGUAAAAAUAUUUAGUCAGUUCCUAUGUUUUUAGGAAUAAAAUCUGUGAAAAUCUGUAAAAUCCAUGAAACAGUUAAAUAACAAAAUAAGAGUGAUGGGAUAAAGUUCAAAAUGUUUACUGAGAAGCCUUUUCAGAGAUACCAAAAUCAUUUGCAUCCUUCAAAUGUCAUUUGUCUACCGUAAAUGAAACAUGUUUUUAUUAGCAAAACGUAAGCAAGUAAAACUUAUU